UACAGCCCAGGGUUCGAAGCUUUGAACUGCAAAGUCUGCGAAGGCAACUGAACGAAGCGCGUGAACGAAGGGAACCACAAGAUUGAAGGCUGGAGCUUAACUGCGAAAGGUCGAAGGAAAUACAGAACGAGUGCGAAAUACAGAAGGGAGAAGACGGGAAGAAAGACCCGCCGACGACCGCCGCUAGUCAGCGCCAGGCCCUCCAGCCUGCCACCACCGCACGUCCACACCACGCAGAAAGGCCCUGCCUGACCGCCUCCGGCCUCCAGGACCACCACCGCACCAGUCCGGCAGUCCACUGUCCACGCUAGGGCCGCUACCCGCACUCCUGCAGUAACCGAGACCCAAGUUUCUAAGCAGUCAUUCUCCUCCCUGCUGGAAUCCGAAUCAACGGCCUUAUCUUUCAGUUUCUAUUUGCUGUUUCUAGUGCAGAAUUUGAGAAUCACCUUUUCGCAAUCCAGGAAAACAUGGGAAUUAGAUAAGAGCAAGUUUGAUUUGCAACUGAAUCUGUGGGCACUUUCGAAUUCCAUGCCAACAUUGCAAAAUGGCCAUACGAAUACUCAAUGGAUAUAUGCUUGACAGGUCCCGCAUAAAGCCUAUAAUUGAAGAUCCUACAAGUAAAACGAGCCGUUACUUAAUUUUAUCUGAAACAAUCCAAAAUGCAGAUUUAUCAGAAGUGCCAGCCCAAAAGCUUGCUGAACUGGAAGGUCUAUGUGAAAUUGAAGUAGUCCCUUAUUCGCUGACAUUAGGGGUAUUCAUAUUGGAGUGCAGACCAUAUACUAAAACAGAUUCUGCCUAUUGGACUUGAAAUUCCAUCAUCAUUUGAGACAAUAGGUCAUAUUGCUCAUUUGAACAUAACCGACGAGCUUCUUCCAUACAAGGAUGUGAUUGCAAAAGUUAUUUAUGAUAAAAAUUACCCCAGAAUCCAGACAGUUGUCAAUAAAGUUGGAAGCAUCUCAAAUGAAUUUAGAGUUCCAAAAUUUGAAGUACUCGCUGGGAAAGAUGAAAUGGUUACAGAGGUAAAGCAAUAUGGGGCGACAUUUAAGCUUGAUUACAGAUUGGUCUAUUGGAACUCAAGACUGGAACAUGAGCAUCUAAGGCUAGUCUCACAAUUCAAGGCAGGAGAGACAAUAUGUGAUAUGUUUUCUGGUAUUGGUCCAUUUACUAUUCCAGCAGCACAAAAAGGUUGCAGAGUGUAUGCAAAUGAUUUGAAUCCAGACAGUGUCUACUACCUGAAGCUUAAUGCUGAUCUGAACAAGGUUAAAGACCUAGUGUUUGCAUAUAAUAUGGAUGCGAGAGAAUUUCUAUCUCAACUGAUGGCUGUACCUUCUGGUCAAGGCAAUUCGGAAUCUGGCGUUCCUCCUGAACUUUCAAGGACAUGUAAUCAUGAUCAUCCAAAUGGAAUAACAAAGUCUGUAGAGACAAGUGAAUCAGAUGAAUUGGAAGAAUUGCCUGGCAAUGCUUCAAAGAUUCCUGAUAGUGCUGAAGGGGAAAAUAUAACUGCUGCUAAAAGACAUUGUGAGAGUUUUAAAGAAGGAAAUGAGAGAGUUGAAGGUAGCAGUCCUCUGACUGGUACAAGAAAGAGAGGGCCAAAUAAGAGGGUUAGAAUUUCUGAUCCAUGUGACACAAAUCCGGAGCAUGUAGAUCACGUCAUCAUGAACUUACCAGCAUCUGCUCUGCAAUUUCUCGAUGUGUUUAGAGGCCUUAUAGAAAGGAGAUGUUGGAAGGGCUCUUUACCUUGGAUUCACUGCUAUUGUUUCAUGCGCUCGUCUGAGACCAAGGAAUAUAUAAUUUCAGAAGCAGAGACUGCAUUGAAUGCUAGUAUAGCAGACCCAAUAUUUCACAGGGUAAGAGACGUUGCUCCAAACAAGGCAAUGUUUUGUUUGAGCUUUAGAUUACCAGAGGAAACUUGUAAACAUCACAAAGUCAAUGGUAGCUCUCUGCUUUCAUCAGUAGAAUCUUGAUUGGUUUCUGGGGCAGCUUUCAACUCCAUGUGGAAGUUUAAGCUCUAUGUAUUCCUAUAAGAUGCCAGCCGAAUUGGAAGAAACAAUGGAGCAUAAGGUUUAUGAAUGUACUGAACAUAUGUUGUAUUCUAAAAUAACUAAUAAUUUGGGAUCAUGAUUUGAACAUUUCAUCUCAUUAUUGUUUUAUAAGUUUCCUUGUACUUCACAUUUUUACUUAAUUUUUGCAUGAACUUAUAUACGUAGUACGGAGAAAUAUUUAACCAAUUUGGACAAUAUUUGGCACUACUUUCCAUGUUCUUGAGUCCAGCUAGUUGUGAUUAUGGAAAUGUAUUGGUCAUUUGGUCAAUGGUAAUUGUAUAAUUGUAUUAUGGAAUAAAAGAUUUUACAUGGUCUUA